AUCUUAUUCAACCUUGCCAUCGAUUCCAUCGCCGACGUGCUACCCCCAGGAGUUUCGUACGCAAUUUAUGCUGACGAUGUCACCAUAUGGGUGCAAGGGCGACGAAUCCCGAAGCUAUUUCGGAAAUUGCAAGAUGCCCUUAACAAUAUUGGUGAGUGGGCUUCAGGCACUGGGUUUACAUUUUCUAGUACCAAGUCUAAUGCGAUCCUUUUCCGACGUGGAUUACGAAGGGUCGACCUAUCAGUGUUCCCUCCUUUGUGCAUCAAUAAUGACCCCAUUCCCAUUGUGGAUGAGGUGAAAUACCUUGGAGUUAUUCUCGACUCCCGAAUGAACUUACAUUCCCAUGUAGAGUAUAUUAAAAGCCGGGUCCAAAAGAGGAUGGCCGUGCUUAAAUGCGUCGCUGCAAAGAGCUAUGGGGCAGACCGAAUCAUAUUGACCCGAAUGUAUAAAGCAAUGAUUCGACCAAUCUUGGAAUACGCUUCAUACAUUAUCGAUGGUCCACACACGCGACGAGUCGAAUCUCUCGAGACUCUUCAGAAUGCAUGUUUGAGAGUUGCAACGGGGGCCUUACGCACCUCUCCUGUUCGAGCAUUGCAGGUUGAUGCCGAUAUUCCCCCGUUAUCUCUCCGUCGCAAAGAGUUACUCCUUCGGUAUUUUCUGAAGGUUUUGAGUGAUGAACACCACCCUUGUCACAGUAUAACAGACUUGACCGCCUCUGAGGAGCUCUACCGAGGAUUAUCAGACCAAUAUCUUCGCAGAAUUUCUGGAUUCACGGUGUGCUUACGCCUCCAGCGCAUGAUUGCCGACUUCGAUUAUGAACCACCGACAGGCCUUGUCAAACCCUCAGCGCCUUUGGCACCGUGGAUUCUGCCGUGUGUCACGACGCGCCUGCUAACUAACCAGGAUAAAGCGAGCCGCUCCACGAUAGACGUGCAGGCCGAGUUUCAGACUCUUAUCAGCGAGUACCCUGGAUAUCGGAUACUGUACACAGAUGGAUCCAAGCGGCAUGAGUCGGUGGCUUGUGCAUUCACCAUUAACAAUGCUUUCUUUUCGUUUAAGUUACCGGAAGGUCUUUCUAUUUAUACAGGCGAACUAGUAGCUAUACUAGAAGCCCUGAAGUUUGUCUGCACCCAUCGCAUUCCACGUUCCUUGAUAUGCACCGAUUCUCAAUCGGCUGUGAAAGCGUUAGGCAUGGCGCACGGCACCACGAGGCACCCGUUACUUACCUCUAUAUUAGAAUUAAACCAUCGCAUUGCCGAGGAUGGAAUGAGGUGCAUUCUUAUAUGGGUACCGGGACAUAGCGGUAUAGCUGGAAAUGUGCGAGCUGACUAUUGGGCCGGGAAAGCACAUGACAAACCAGAGGUUACACCGGUCGCAGUUGGUUAUCGUGAAUAUGUCCCAGAGGUCCGACGGCGCGUUCGAGACCAAUUUGCUACCUUAUGGCAAGAGUUUCGGCCCACUCACCUUAAGACGAUUAAGCCUACCAUAGGAAGGUGGACGUCCGGCGCUCGUGACAGUCGCCAAGAAGAAGUAGUGCUGUGUCGCCUGAGACUUGGCCAUACACUCCUUACGCACUCGCAUGUCAUGGAUCGUGCUCCACCACCGUUAUGUACACCUUGUCGAUGCAUUAUCGAUGUCAAACAUCUCCUAAUUGAUUGCCCUCAAUAUCGCACGACACGCCAACGUUUGCGACGAACAUGUGGAGAUGCUGGUCUCCCGUUCACAAUUGCGACUCUGCUCGGUGAUACAGAACCUAAUGUAUUGGACGCAGUGUUUCUUUUCUUGCGCGAUUGUGAGCUGCUUGACAAACUGUAAAUGCGGCGGGUUCUAUUGAUAUUCCGGAAUUGACAGUACUUCUAACAACUGUGUAAUGUUUGAUUGGCGGCUACUUACUUGCCGCCCCCACUGAUGAUGUUACUUUUGCCUGUUUUUGUGUGGUGAUUCUAGGCUUUGGAAACUUUCUUUCGGUGUGUUUUGAUUACUGAUUCGUCUCUGUGGAGGUCUAAUGUGAACGGUACGGGAGGUCUAAGUGAAACAACAGUGCACUCUGAGCACAUGUCCUCUGUGGUUCGUGUUUUCUAUUCUCUCUUUUAUUUUAGUAUUUGGUAGUAUAUAGCUAGCUCGUAGAGUGGUCUGAAUUUCUCUCGCUCUCUCUUUCUCUGAUUACCUGGUAACACUCUGACUAGAAGAGUAUUGAUCUUUCUUUCAUCAUUUUGUAGAUUGCUGCCCAAUCAAACUAACACUAACACUGCUACUCAGGUCUGUUCCUUCUGGCUUAAUCCUUCCCCGGCAAUUUCCUCCCCUGGCAUUUGUCCUUCCCUAGGUUUUUUCCUUUUCCGGCUACCCACAACCCUGCUUAGUUACCGCUUAGUACCUACCAACCCCGACACUACAUCGUGGAAGAUCGGACAGUUGAAUGCAAGAAACGAAGAAGUUGGACGCUAGGGCCUGACGGCUGCGCGCCCUAACCCACAAAGAAGAAGAAGAAGAAGAAGAGACAAGAACGAAAUUUUAGUGUGAAUAUAUUUUACUCAAUGUUGAGAACCCCGAGACUCUGCUCACCUGACAAUAGGUGAUUUUAUGACAUGUUUGCAGCUCAGUGAAGACAAGAGGUCUUUCUGUGACACCUCAGAGGCUUGAGUACUCAGAGCACAAUGAAGACCAGAAGACCACAGUCACAUUCCUCAACAGGGAGAUGGGAGACAUGAUCAGUGUGGAUGGAAUCAGCCAGUAUGGAUUUCACCUGAACUCUGGUGUGGUGGUGCUGGGGCCGAUGGCCGUCUUCCCGCGCACGGUGCUCGGUUGGAACGUACCCUCGGCAUCGCACAUCACGCCCGCCUCGCUGGCGCUGUUCGCCAUCCUGGAGCCGCGUCUGGACUGCCUCGUCAUCGGCACAGGCGACCGCGGCACCACUGUCAGCAAAGAGGUGAUCGCCUUCCUGCGUCAGAAGAAGAUCUCGUUCGAGAUCCUGCCGACGGAGCAGGCGGCGGCCACGUUCAACUUUAUGAACCUGGAGCGGCGCUGCGUGGCCGGCGCACUCAUCCCGCCCGUCGACGUGCGGCUGGUGGAUCGCGACUACGAGCAGCACCAGAAGAGCCAGCGGCAGGCGCUGCUCGAGGAGCCCUAGUGGCGCCGGCCGGCUGGAGUGCAGUAAUAGCGAAUGAUAGUGCCGCGGUGGUGACAUUGUGUGGCCCUGGAGCGGUAUGUUAUGAGACGGCCGGGGGAUGCCUGAUAGCCCCAGCAGCGAUGGCGCCCCAGAGAACUUUUUAGCCGUUGACAAAGCGCGGAACGCCGAGUGUGCCUAGUCACAACGGCCUGCCGACAACUCCGUAAUGCCUGUUCAAGGACAUUUAUGUACUUUUCGGUCUAAUGUUCCAUGAGCAUUACUGACCUCAGAAUAUGUUCUGUGACAUGAGUCAAAUGUGUUGCCAUCUAUCGUGGGUGUGCCGCUAGUUCACAACUAGGCGCCUGGUCGGAAGGCUAUAUUUAUAAAAUGCCUAUUGCCUACGAGUAUAAACGUGUACCCAGGUUU